AGCAUACCUCUUUAUAGCUAUUUCACUAUACUAUGUACGAAAAAGAUCUCGGUAAUGGACUCCUUCUGAGAUGGGUCAAACCGCAAGAUGUCGAAAAGAUUGCAAAGGGUAUGGUCGACGUGUUCUCACCACCUGACAAACGCUUUGAAGCCAUAGGAGGAUGGUUCCUUCGCUAUGCUAACGGCAUGGGUGGCUUCAUGAAGAGCAGCGACGCCGUUGUGAUUGUCGAUACCAAGAAGGAAGGGCAGCCCGUGGUUGGCUUCACAUGUUAUUGGCAGGAGACCCAUAUCUUUGAAGGAAUUCCUUAUACAGCUGAGUUUGUUGGUGUCGUACCUGACCCUGAAUAUAGAGGACAACGUUUACAACAACAUAUCAUGGACGCGCUUCAUGCCAGAGCCAAUGAUGAAAAUCAUUUAGUUCAAGUCAUCAAUGGUAUUAAUUGGUAUUAUAGACAGUUUGGAUACGAAUAUGCUCUAGAGUUCGGCGAGAGAUCAAAAGUUUGGCUAAACGCCAUUCCAGAAUUAAAGGAAGGUGAACAGGAAUUUAUCAAGUACCGCCGAGCCGUCUUGGACGAUAUCGACACAAUCCAGGAAAUCGACAUGGCUCAAGUGAAGGAUGGUGCCGUCUACAUACCUUUGUCAAAGGAGUGGCUUGCCACCCAAAUCAAUGACCAUUACCAAAAGGUUGACAAUCCUAAGCACGUUGUCCUGCGAGAAGUUUUGAUACUUGAAGAUUGUGACGAUAAUAUUGUUGGAUACGUGGUCCUCCCUAAUCUCGACGCUGAGAUGACUGAGAAAGGAUCCCUUGGUGUUUAUAGUAUGGGCCUCAUCCGUGGCAUCGACACAAAGACUGCACUCUUCUCCACUAUGCGACAACUGAUUGAGUUCGCCAAAAGCGCUUUUAAGCAAGAAAGCGUUUCUGGCAUUAAAUCCUUGGCAUGGUACAUGUCUCAAUGGCACCCUGUUGUAGAGGCUAUUCCACCCACCAUGCGCAAUUUUGCCCGACUUCGAUUUGAAUCGCUUUCUUAUUAUGUACGAGUCCCUGAUCUGGCCAAAUUCCUUCAACACAUCCUCCCUGCUCUGAACCGUCGUCUCGAGCAAUCGCUCACUCACAAUAAUUACACCGGCGUUGUCAAGAUCAGUAACUAUACGCCAAGAUAUCCUGGAGUUGAGCUUAAGUUUGAAAAGGGUGUUAUCGUUGAUAUUGCUCAGUACAUCAAGAAGGAUCAGUCUAAAGACGCUUCUGUGGCAUUUUUCCCGCCACAUAGCUUUUUGCAAGUCCUCUUUGGAAAGCGAAGCAUCAAAGAACUCAUGUCAUUUUUGCCUGAUGUUUAUAUGGAGCUUGACGUUCAAGAAGUCUUGGAAGUGGUUUUCCCAAAGAGAGAGAGUGUUCUUGCUCAUUUAAUGUAGGCUUACUCCCCCCCCCCCGCAUUUCUGCUAAAAUGUAACAAUAAAUAUAUGUACGCUUUAAAGCCACAAUGC